AGCAUCGUGCACCAGAUCAACCAAUUUUGCCAGACGAGGGCAGGCAUCAGCACUACCUCAGUGUGUGAGGGCCAGAUCGCCAACCCCAGCCCUAUUAGUCGCAGUCUGCUCAUCAAUGCAAGCACCCAGGUGUCGACCCACAACGUCCCUACACCAAUGCCUUCUUGUGUGGUCAAUCCCAUGGAGCACACCCAUGUGGCCACAGCCGCAUUGCCUGCUACGGGCCCUGUCAACCUGCCCACAGGCAUUUCACAAGCCCCCACUGGCUACCCUAGCGACCUCAAGCCAGUCACCUGGAACCAGCACCAGCUGGCCCACCUGCAGCAGGUGUGCAGUGAAGCUGGUGGGACACCAGCCCCUGGCCUGACAGGCAAGCUGGCAGCAGGACGUGAGUUGGCAGGGCCUGGCUUUGUGGGCAAGGCUCCUGCUUACCCGCAGGAACUCUGCCUGGCACAGUCCUUCCAUCUGAAACCACCCCUGGAGAAACCAACCCCGUCCCCACCAGUCAACGGUUUGGCAGCCCCACUGGCGUACCCCAAUGGUCAUUACUUCCAGCCCUUGUGGAACAGCAUUCUGCCCACUCCCAAUAGCAACUGCUUGGGGUCUCAGGACCUCACCAUGCCUUUCCAUGGUGGGCAGCCCACAGGUGCAUCCCUCGACUGUGCGGCAGCUGCUGGGGCCCACUACCGAGCAGCAGGGACCGAGGGUGGUCCAGUAGCGAGCCAGAACAGCCUGAUGCAAACAGUCGAUUACCUGAGUGGGGAUUUCCAGCAGGCCUGCUUUCGAGAACAGAGCCUGGCUAUGCUAAGCAAGGCCCACCAAGCCCCUGGUAACAGAGCCCCUGAUCCCACAGAUAGUCAAAGUCUUCAUAUUCAGCACCCUGGGUAUAGAUAGGUAGCCCUGGUGCCACCCUCAUAAGCUACACGUCAUAUAUUACACUUCUAGGUUUAGUCUUACUUUUGAGCAAUUGGGUAUUUUCGAAGUUUCAGUGCUCCAGUGUGAUCAUCCUUAGAUGUCUUAAGAAAGGUUUUGGGGAUUCUAAUUGAGGUCAGAGGGGGAUAUUUCCUUUGCCAUCCCCAGCAAUGUUUGGAUUAAUACUAGGACCUAACCCCAACUCCAUUCUUUUCUUUUUGCUGCGUGUUUGUCUGUCUGUCUCUCCACCGUGACCAUUUCCCACCAGCCGUCUCCUGUCCUUUCCUGUACCUACCCUUAAGCCUGAGGUGUGGGCUAAGGGAAGGCCCUAAAUAAUAUAGCUGUAGGUGCCCAAGGCUUAGAGGUAAGCCUUUGUCUGUCUCUCUUUGGGAUUAAAAGGCCAGACUUCCCAAGUGCUCUGGAAGUGAAUUCCUUAUCUACCCAAAGAUCUCAAAUCAAAUGUAUCUUCAUUUCCUCUUCAUUCCUCAAGGCUUUAUUUCACCUCUGCUUUGUUCCCAGAGCCACUGUACUUAACCCUUGCUACACUCCUCAAGAGCAUCCUGCAGGUACUUAACCACAGACUUGAGGUGAGGAAAAGGUCUGUCUUUAUCUUGCUUCCUAAGUCCCCUUUCCAGCCCUAGAGAAAUGGCAGUGACCAUUUUAGGCCUGAUCCCUUUGUUUUCUUCUUCUUUCUUUCUUCCUUUCUUUUUGCCUCCAGGGUUAUUGCUGGGGCUCAGUGCCUGCACCAUGAAUUCACUGCUCCUGGAGGCCAUUUCCCCCCCUUUUGUUGCCCUUAUUGUUGUAGCCUUGUUGUAGUUAUUAUUGUUAUUGAUGUCAUUCGUUGUUGGAUAGGACAGAGAGAAAUGGAAAGAGGAGGGUGAGAGAAAGAUAGACAACUGCAGACCUGCUUCACCACCUGUGAAGCGACUCCCCUGCAGGUGGGGAGCCGGGGGGCUUGAACCAGAAUCCUUAAGCUGAUCCUUGUGCUUUGCGCCAUGUGAACUUACUGCCCGACCCCCUCCGAUCCCUUUCUUACUGUUGCCUCUUUCCCAACUCACUUGCUCUCACUACCCUCCCAGCUCAUGAAGAAAAAUGAAAAGAAAAAAAAAAAAUGAAAAAAAUGAAAAGAAAAAAAAAGAAAAAAUAUAUAUCUUAAGGAAUUAGGUAGGUAUGGGAUGAUCACAUUGGAGUUUGGAAUUAAAAACACCAAAAAAAAAAAAAAAAGUUAAAAUGCAUUUGGUUCUCUCUACACUGGCUAAGAAUAUUGCUCUACACUGUAAGUUUUAAAUGUUUCUGUAUGAAUGUAGUGUGGAUUUGAGUAGCAUUGAGUGUGAGUGGCCCCACAGGUACAUUAACCUAGACACCUUCCAUAGCCCCUUGGUUUAAUGAAGAAAGGAAAAAAAACUAAAAAAAAACACAAAGCCUUAAGCUCCUUGAAUUCUUCCUUUACCAAAUGAGCAUGGUUCUAACAGAUGAAGAUGGGCUUAUAUAUUGGAAACAGCCUCUCCAACCCCUUAACCCAUUUUUUUAUGUAUUCCAUGCUCAAUACGUCUCAUUCCCACGUGACAAUUAGUUGAUUAGAAAUUUAAAAUUUUUGUGUAUUUCAAACUUAGAUUGUGUUUUGUUGUAAUUUUUGCACCGAUCUUCUGUUAAAGAUGCAUAGUUGGGCCUUUUUUUUUUUUUU